AUCUAGAGAUAUCAGUGAGUUGGCAAAGAGGAUUCUGCUUGGGAACACGAGAGCAGAAACAGGCACAAUGAGGCUUUUCGCCUUUUCAGCAUCUUUGGUGUAUGUUUCGGUAUAUUUUGACUUCGAAUGUGCUAACGAAUAGAAAGAACAACAGGAAAAUGAGCGUCUCCUCCCAAGAGGAUUGCCAUUAUUACUACUACACAAUCGAAGGAUGUAAAAGGACGAAUUGUGACUACCGGCAUGAGCCAGCCUCCAAAGGUGUGGAAUUAAGAUGUCCUCAAUAUCUGCACAAUAGACGAUGCACAACCGCUUCCUGUCCUUUGCGUCACAGACUGUUCGAUGUAUCCCGAGACACUGAGAGUUGCCUUUUGGAGAGGACUGGUACUUGCACAAAACCUGAUUGUUCCCAUGCACAUUCCAAAAAAGAAGUGAAUGACUCCUCCGAGGCAAGCGAGAACAAGAAGCCUGAAAAAUCCAUUAUUACCUGCACAAUUUGCAAAGUCAACAUGACCAGCGAGACUGCUCACUCAAACCAUUUGAAAGGCCGGAAACAUUUAAAGAAAUUGAAAAACCAAAGCGCAAUGCCACAAAUCAAAAUUGCGCCGACAAAAAUUCCACCUCUAUUUGCAAACCCUCCCAAUACCCACUCUGUUCAAGCAACCAAAUUGAAAUGUUCCCCAUGCAAUGUCAAGGCGAUGACUCAGGCCCAAAAUGAGGAUCAUUUGAAGAGCCUAAUCCAUAAGGAGAAAGCAAGCACCCCAAUCCUAAGAAAUCCUCCGUUCCAUUGCCGUGCUUGCAAUCAAACUCUAGGAAACAAGUCGGCCUUUCAAGCGCACAACACGUCCCAAGAGCAUUUGGCAAAGGUCAAGCGAUCACGACAGAGACCUAGGAGUGUUGCGGCCUCUAAUUCGAGCUCGUCUCUAUUCAAUUUCGACCAUUUGGACUUGAACCAGCCACCGCCUUUCCAGGACUUGAAAGUGGGCGUGUUCUGGGAUCUUGAGAACUGUCCACUCUCUUCCAAGAUUGACAUCCCCGGGGUGGUCCAAAAAUUGAAACAUGGUCAUGGACACAAGGGUGUGUUUGAUCAAUUUGUGGGAGCGUGUAACAUGGAUAACCACAAACGCAUUGCCCUUACCAUGCAAGAGCUGGGCAUGGACAUUCUGCCGGUGUUGAAUAACAAAAAGAACGCGGCAGAUGACCUUUUAAAAAACAAAAUGAUGACCUUUGCCGAGAACCCUCAUUGUCGGAUUAUUCUGAUCUCCGGGGAUGUGGACUUCUCACAGCACUUGCUUCAUUGCCGGGAAAAGAAGGGACACGAAGUGGUCUUGUUUCACAAUCAUGUGGCCAAGGAGUCAUUGAAGUCCGUAGUCACCAAGGCAUUCAGUUAUCAUGGGUUUGUCAAGCCUUUCCUCAAGGACUUGCCGGAUAGAACGCGAAGUAAAUCAGUUGCCCGAGGUGCCCCACCUCGGCCAAAGAAGACGAGCAAGGCUGUCCUUUUCUUCUGGGACAUGAUGUCCUUGCCGGCCCCAGCAGACGUCAAGGUCGGCGCCGUGGUCUCCAAGCUUCGGAACACAUUUCUGUGCGCCACGGAAACGGCCGAAGCUGGCUUUGCCGCAUGCCGGUCCAUCAGUCAAAUGGCCGCCGUGAACCACGUGGCCCAGAUGUCGGUGGACCUCUCCCUGGACUCGGCGCUGGACAUGCUGAAGGAACAGGUUGAGACCAAGAAGGAUAUCGAUAUCCUUAUCCUUCUGACCAACGAUAUUGGGUUGAGCGAAACCAUCCGCAAAUUGAAGACGGAACGCAAAAUCCAGAUCCACCUUAUCCGGGACGAGAAGUGCCAAGAACCAUUGGCCUAUUCGUUGGAUGAACAAUCCCAAGAGAGCUUCCAAGAGUUUAUCAAACCUUUAGUUCCAGCCGUUUGAAAUGCACAAAAAAUGGUGGGAUUGAAAGGUUACACUAUAAAAUGCUAUUGUACUAACUCGUCUAGUCCUGAUCUGGAGUUUUAAAAACAAAAAUCAAUAUCCACGGUAAUUGAUGCCAUGGAUGCAAUUGCCCUUAUUGAUUAGAGUAAUAUCCCCAGAAUGCGGCCAAGGCUCAAAUGGAUCAGAUGGAUCUUACAUUUGACCAUUCCAUGUUGAGGGAAACGGAAAAAAGUUUGUCAUCUUACAGUACAUUUUCCAUUGUUCCUGAACUGUUUCAAUAAUUUACAAAUAAAAUUCCAAUUAAGAAAAGAAA